AUGCCACACUUCCCAGCAGAAAUCACAAACGAAUUUGAAGUUGUCGAUGACAUUAACUUUGGAUUCUUCGGAGUUGUCUACAAAGUUAGAAGAAUUGGUAAUCGCUAUUUAGCUGACAAUAAGAUCUAUGCAAUGAAAACUGUUGUAAAACAGUAUGGAGAUGUAAAGAGCUGAAAAGAUGUGGAAACAGAAAUUAAAAUUCUUUCUGAGUUGAAUAACCCAUAUCUUCUCCACUUAGAAAGGAGAAUUGACCAAGACAAUAAAGUUUACAUGAUUAUAGAUUACUGUGAAAACCAUGAUCUGCUUAAACUAAUAGUUGACCAGAUUCAAAUUGGCCAACCCUUUGCGGAAAGUGAAAUUUGAAAAUAUUUUAUUCAAAUCUGCUUUGGCUUAGAAUGCAUGCACUCAAACGGCUAUAUCCAUAGAGACAUAAAGCCAGAAAAUAUUUUACUAGACAAAAACAACAAUGUUAAGAUUGGAGAUUUCGGGCUUUCCAGGUAUCUAACUACCUCAUCUGUGGAGGGACGCCUUUUUACUAUUCUCCAGAAAUGUGAAGAGGAGUUCUCCCAUCCAAAGAAAGCGACAUAUGGGCUCUUGGGAACGUUUUAUAUUUCCUUUGCCAGUUUGAGCAUCCAUUUGAAGGAAAUGCUUAUAAAGUUCAGAAUGAAAGACACCGACCUAUUAGAGAUUAUUACUCGAAUGAGCUUAAGUAUAUAG